AUGCUAAAAUUAAUUAAGAAAUGUAUAGUACCAUUAAACUUUAUAAGAAAAAAUCAUGUAUUAACAGAUAAUUUUGGGAGACAUCAUGAUUAUUUAAGAAUAUCAUUAACUGAAAGAUGUAAUUUACGUUGUAAAUAUUGUAUGCCUGAAGAAGGUGUACCAUUAACACCAAGUGUAAAUCUUUUGACAAAUGAUGAAAUAAUAACAUUAGUUAAAAUUUUUGAAAAAAAUGGUGUAUCCAAGAUACGUCUUACUGGAGGUGAACCAACAAUUAGAUCAAAUUUGGCUAAAUUAAUUUAUGAUAUUAGAUCUAUUGAAGGUAUAAAAUCUGUUGGCAUUACAACAAAUGGUAUAACAUUAUCUCGACAAUUACCUGAUCUUGUAAAAUCAGGAUUAACACAUGUUAACAUUAGUCUUGAUACUCUUGACCCAAAUAAAUAUAUGAUAUUAAGUAGGAGAAAUGGUUUUUCUAAAGUUAUCAAAAGUAUAAAAUUAGCUCAGAAUUUUUUUCCUUAUGUCAAGUUAAAUGUUGUUGUUAUGAAAGGUAUAAAUGAUAAUGAAGUAGUUGAUUUUGUAAAAAUGACAAAAAAUGAAAACUUAGAUAUAAGAUUUAUUGAGUAUAUGCCUUUUGAGGGAAAUAAUUUUAAUAUUAAUAAAAUGGUCCCAUAUAAAGAAUUACUUAUUAUGAUUGAUAAAGAAAUUAAUGAAAUGAUUGUUAAAGCAACUGAUGAUAAAAAUGAUACUUCAAAAGGAUAUUAUGUUGAUGGAUGGAAAGGAAAAUUUGGUUUUAUAAGUAGUAUGUCUGAACAUUUCUGUGGAACCUGUAAUAGGUUAAGAAUAACUGCUGAUGGAUCAUUAAAAGUUUGUUUACAUGAAAACACUGAAGUUUCUUUAAGAAAAUUACUUAGAGAAAAUAGUAGUACAGAAAUAAUUGAAAAUGUAAUUGAAAAAGCAGUUAAAGGAAAAAAAUUUAAACAUGCCGAUGUUAACAUACUUAAAAAUUUAAAAAAUAGACCAAUGAUUCUUAUUGCACAUAGAUCCUUUUCUUCAGUUUUAACACACUUUGAUAAUAAAGGAAAAAUUACAAUGGUUGAUACAUCACAUAAAAAUAUAACUAAACGAAUAGCUAUGGCAAAAGCUGAAAUAUAUGUUUCAAAAAAUAUUAUGGAAGCAUUGAUAAAAAAUGACUUAAAAAAGGGUGAUGCUGAAUGUGUAGCACAGAUUGCCGGUAUAAAUGCAUGUAAAAAAACUAGUGAUCUCAUUCCUCUUUGUCACAAUAUUCCAAUAAAUCAAGUAAAAUUAAAAAUUUACAAGUUUGAAGAUGAAAAUAAAAUUGUAAUUCUUUCUAAAGUUACAACAACAUCUCAAACUGGUGUUGAAAUGGAAGCUUUGACAAGUGCCUCGGUAUCUGCAUUGACAAUGUAUGAUAUGUUAAAAGCACUAGGCCAUGAAAUGACAAUAAGUAAUAUUGAACUUCUUGGAAAAAGAGGAGGAAAAAAUGAUUUUGGUAUUAUUAAUUUUUCUGAAUAUUCAGUUGAAAAAUAG